AGAUAGUGCCACGGAACUAAUUCGAAAACAACCACUUUGACUAUUCAAGUAUAAUCUAUGGUUGUGCAACUGUUGUACAAUACUUUCGUUUAAUUUCUGUUUAACCUGGCAAAAGUCCGGCGAAUUAAUUUUUCAACGCAAUUGAUUAGUUCUAUGAACGUUACCGUGAUAUAAUUAAACAUGAAAACUGCGCCUGAUCCAAAAGACGUCCAGGAAUUUCAAUUUAAACAAUCGCAUACUUCCCAAAUUUUAGAUGCGUAUACAUAUGUACCAAGUGCUUGCAAUCUAAUUACAUCAGACAAGAAAAGAGGUUUAUUAUAUGUAGGUCAAAACAAUAAAAUAGUUGUAUUAAAGCCAGGAGAAGACAAUGAUCCAGAAUGGAAGAUAGAAGUUGAUACAACAAUAAUUGUUUGUAAAUUAACGCUAAGCUGUGAUUGUUCUUACUUAGCAGUAGUACCACAAGGACCUUCAGUUUUAAUUUAUGAUGUUCAAGCCCUUAUUAAAAGUAAUUUACAUUUAUUACACGAAAUUAGAAUAUCUACUUCGAACACUGAAGUCUUUGUGAAGGAUGUACAAUGGAAUCCAACUGUCCCAGGAAUGUUAUGUACUGUAGCUAGUGAUUAUACGGUUGGUAGUUUUCAAAUAAAGGAGGAAAAGACGAUAGAGUUGAAAGCUUUAGAAAAAUUAAAUGGAUUGGAAGCCUUGUGUGCAGCCUGGAGUCCAAAAGGAAAACAAAUAGUUAUUGGCUGCAAAAAUGGAAGCAUUGUACAAUUGAAGCCGGACCUAAAAGUAGCUAGAACAAUUCCUGGUCCUACUCCAUAUAUUGGAGAAGUUGUCUCUAUUUUAUGGAUUAGUAAUUACCAGUUUUGCGCUGCUUACUUAAGUAGUGAUCAGAGGAUAAAUGUUCUUAUCGUUGAUGCUCCUAAAGGUGAAGCAAAUGGCAUUUUCACAUGUUACGAAGAUAUCACAUAUGGAGCAGUGGAUACAGAAGGAGAAGGAAUGGUUACACGUUAUUAUUUUGAUCAUGUGCCAGAAUGGGGUUUAAUCAUUGCUGCUAGUAGUAACAGCAGUGAAAUAGCUGUGUUAGGAUCUACAGAUGGAGGCACUACUUGGAAUCAAUGGCAAUUAGUUGAUAGCGGCAGGGCUGAAUUACCAUUAAUUUGUACCACAGAGAGCUAUCCAGUAGGCUUAGCCAUAGACAGAUCUCCUGUCCGAAAAUUACCAUGGGGAGCUGAUUCUAUUUUGCCUAAUCCAGUUCCUAUACUACAUAUUCUAUCAACAUCUGGACAACUGUGUAGCUUUCAUAUGGUAAACUUGACCUCCAAUUGUCCUGCCAUUAAUUCUCCUCCUUCAGAAAUUGUUGCACCACCACCUCAACAAUUGAAUGCUCUUCCAACAGACACAUCUUUUCUUGUGAAUGGUAUAAUAACAAGUACUCCACGCCCAAAACAAGCAGAAAAUGUUUCUGAACGUCCAAAACCAACUCCUACAGGAAAUAUCUUCGACAAAUUUUUGAAAGGAAAUGGCCCCUUACAACAACUCCCAGUUGAGAAAAAACAGCAGGAACAGAAACCAGAAAGUGCAAGUACCGAAGUUAAAGCAGAAGUAUCAAAAGAAACACACUUGCAAGAACCUGUUAAGCCAGAUAUUAAAUUAGCACCAGUUAAGGAAACAAUUCUACAAGAACCUGUAGAGCAAAAACCAACUAUUGAAGAUGAGAGCAGGGAUAUUCGUGCUUACAUGGAAGAGCAUAAUUUAUUUGAAAAGGAAUUGCGGAACAGAUUGGAACUACAAACUUGGGAAUGUGGCACAGAAGAGGAACGUCGUAAACUUAUAGACACAUCUAUUAUAAUAGACCAGUUUCUCAGAGAACUUAGAGAAACGACAAAUAGUUUAUCCAGCGAUAUCGCGUAUUUAAAAGCGUUAUUGUUACAAUCGUUUGCUUGGGUUGAAGAAACUAAGUCAAAGAAUGCGGCUAGCAUGGAUUUUACCGCUAGAAAUUGCAGGGAUAAUAACAAAGUAUCUGAUCUACAGAAGCUGUAUUAUUAUACUCAAACACAACUUGCUCAAGCUAGUAAAAUUUUAGACUUGGAAUGGUCAGAUCAUAAGACUCAAGAAAUGACGCGAAUGAAGAUUCCUCAUUUAGAGUUGGUGUAUCAGAAUCUUAUAUUGCAUAAUAAAAUCAUUCAAGAAGAGAAAGGCAAAGUACAACAACUAAAAAAACAGUGGAAACUACUUGCUCGUAAUAAUAAUAUCUUUGGAUUAAAUCGUUCACUGUCGAAUUUAAGUAUUACAUCAUCCAAGUCAUCUGUUUCUCUGCCAAGAAACGCAGGAAUUAUAGAAGCACGUUGCAAAGCUAUUGCUUCUAAAACUUUGAGUUUCACUCAAGGGAAGCAAAUUAAACUGAGAGACUAUUUAUCUUCUUCCACGCCAAGAAUUAUAAAACCUAUGAAUCCGUCACCUAUUCAACAUCGUUUAGAGGCAACUUUGUCUUCUCUAGCUUCAUUAAAUACUACACCCAUUGAAACUAAAAGCAAGGUGGAACCGCUUGUUUCGAAACAGACUCCGGUUGUUAAACAGGCAAAUGAGAAACCAAAACAACAAAGUCCUCUAGCUUCUCUGAAUAGUUUCGUAGCGAGAAUCGGUACAAACGAAAUAACUAGCGUGCCAAUGCAAAAUAAAGCACAGAUAAAACAACCUAUUUAUGCUACAACAUUUCCUGUUGCCGCUGGAGCUAAAUCUUCACAGACAGAGAAGAAAUUAAGUUCACCGGUGACAACUGUUACUGCCCACCAAACAAGUAAAUCAAAUGAUACUAUUACAUUUAAUCAAGUUAAUACUUCAACUCAUAAUGUAUCUAGUUCAAUGAAGUCUUUCCCUAAAGUUGAUUCUAUUACAUUUGGUACACCAAUACAAAAGUCUGAGGAAUCCACUGUACAGAAAUUUACAUCUAAAGAAACUGGUGCCAAACCUAAUAAAGAAAGUAUAUUAAAUACUGACUCCCCCAAAGUAGAAACUAUUUUAUUUAAUACUGGCACAUUGAAAGAUGUAUUAUCAACAGACACAUCAUCAGGCAAAAUGCAAGGAAUUAAUUUAAACGCUUCAUUGAAAUUUGGACUUGCAGCAGCAACAGCAACGACUACAAUAACAACACCAGCGAAACCUGAAGCAGCAGCUACAUUUAGUUUUGCCACUCCAAGUACUGUUCCGACAUCUGUAAAGAGUACUUCACAGACUGUUAUGCCACAAACAACAGUUGCACAAACGUUUUCUUUUGCUUCAAAACCAUCAACUCCUACAAGUCCAUUUAACUUGAAAAUACCGUCGACAACAGCACUUCAAUCACAGGAAUCAUUAAAUCUACCAGGUCUUCUUACAGGACUGCAAACCAAUAAUCAAACUUCUGUGUCUACCAACAAUCUUAAUACGGAUACAAAGUUCAAUUACAAACCGACAUUUGGAGCAUCUGGUUUUCCAAUGUCGUUAGGACAAAUGUCUAUUGGUCUUACAAGUGGAACUCCUACAACAGAAACUGUCACCACUACCCCAUCAGUCACCAUUGAAAAAAUACCUUCUACAGAAUCGAAAAUUCCUGUUUUCCCAAGUACAGCGCAAGCUUCGCCUACCGCUGUCGCUACAACUACUGCUGCUUCUUUAUUUGGCAAUCAGACAAGUGUUUCAGGCAUUUCUAUGUUUGGAGGAAUGUCAAGUACUACACCAAGUACUUCUACUUUUACUGUUACAACAAGUGGUACAGGAUUUGGAAGUCAAACUACGACAUCAUCACCUAUGUCUAUAUUUUCUGGUUUCAAGGCCACUCCAACAACUAGUACACCAACAACUACGGUUCCAACAACAUCUAGUACAGUUUCUUCGUUUCAAGCUUCCUUAUCAAAACCUACUUAUGGAGAAACAGCUACAAGUUUGUCCCCGUCGAGUCCUGUCACUGCUAGUAGCAGCACUGCAUCUACAUUAACCUUCGAUAAUUCGACAACCACUUCUGUUACUUCAGUUUUUGGAAAAUCACCUGCUCUCACGAUGAACGCUCAAUUCCCAAGUACACCGACAGUUUCCUCUGCAGCGAAUACUUUUGGGAAACCGAUCAUCAGUCCUGCGUCUAUGCCCUUUGGAAGUUCUACAAACACGUCCAUAUUUGGCGCUAUGCCAACAACAUCAGCAAAUAGUUCCAUCUUCAGUGGAAGUAAUACCAAUUCAAUUUUUGGCACAAACACUCAAGCGUCUCCUUCUGGUUCCAUCUUUGGAGGAAAUUCAUCUUCGAUGAACAGCUUUGGUAUACCUUCGAAGCCCCUUUUUGACACUAAUACUCAAAAGUCUGGCUCGAUAUUCGAUGGAACUCCAAACUCGGGAUCAACAUCAUUCUUUGGUGGUGGUACGACUAAUACCGCACCAGGUACAUCUUCUCCUGGGUCUACAUCCAUAUUUGGAGCUAGUGCUUCACCGUUGGGUAUGGAGCAGCCUGCAUUAGGUGCACAACCUGCGUUUGGACAAGCACCUGCAUUCGGUUCUAAACCAGUAUUUGGAUCAGCGCCGACAUUUGGCUCUACAAAACCAAUUUUUGGUGAUACGUUUGGAUCAGCAGCGUUUGGAACAGCUGCAACUCCCCCAGCUUUCGGAAGUCCACCACCACCCAUGGGAGCUGCUCCAACUCCUAUGGAUAAUAAUAUGUCGAAAGUUUUUGGAAAUGUGGGAGGUAACAACACAUUUGAAACCCUAGCUACUCAAUCAGGUGAACUUAGUUUUAGUAGUUUAGCUCAAAAGAGUUCAGAACCUGAUAAACCUCCAUCAUUCAAUAGAUGUAUGCUCUGUGAAAAGAGCAUGCAUGCUUGGGCAAUGCAACGCUGCAUUGAAUAUCAUUACCAGCACACUUGCAUCUAUUGUCUGAAGUUAAGAAUACUGAAGAUGGAGAUUGUGUGUAGUAUGAGCGAAUGUAAACAAGGAAGCUAUCAAUUUUCUAUUGUGUGGGAUUUUAAUAUGGACUUUUUUGAAUUUAUUUGCGUGUCUGUGAUUACAUUUGUAUGUGGUAUAAUAUGUACACUUGCACUGGAAUUUUACUUGUUCAAAAAGUAUUUGGAAGAAGCGCCUCUAGCAAGUCCACCAGAAAGACCAAUACAACAUGGAAAGGCUCAAUUACCUAACGAAUUGCUUGAAAAGAUUCAAGAUGAAAAGACUACUUCUAGUACAAGUAUAUCCCGCCAAGCUAUGUGCCAAGGCAAUGAGAAUUUGGCAAUAAACUUAACGCUACAAUUUUUGUUCAAUGAAUUACGAAAUGCUGAACGGGUUCGUCUAUGGUUAUAUAGAAAAUUAAAUAAUGAGUUCAAGGAACUCUUAACUCAGUCCACAACUGGCAAAUUGUUGGACAGUGUAAAGUUGAGAGACUUAAAUCUGGGUACACAGUUUCCCACGAUAAAAGGUUUAGAAGUUGCUGAUUCAAAAAUAGAUGCUGAUACAGGCUUACUAGAGUCAUUGGAUUUAUCUUUAGACUUGCAUUACGAUGGAAAUUUUCAACUAUCAAUAGAUGUUAAAAUGUUGUUGGGUAAAACUGCUUAUAUGGCUUUACAAGUGAAAAGAGUCAGCGGUAGAGCCAGACUGCAGUUUACACGUGUUCCAUACACACAUUGGUCCCUGAGCUUUUAUUCGGAUCCUAUACUCGAGUUAGAAGUGCAAUCUCAAUUUCAAGGUCGUCAAUUACAACCGCAGAUUAUCUCUUUGAUCACUGGGCAGAUUCGAAGAGCCGUGCGUAGGAAGCAUACACUACCUCGCUACAAACUGCGUUAUAAGCCAUUCUUCCGCAGACUGAACGACGAAGCAGUAGAUUUGUCUGAAGUUGCCAAUAUCCAAUUGAUACCAGGUUUUUUGCAAGUAUCAUUAUUCGAAGUGAGCAGAUUGAAUCUUGGACCUAAUAUGCUUAACGCAGAGGAUAAGUCACAGAUUGAGGUAUACUGUACGAUAAGUGUGGAUUCAACACCUUGGGUGUUUAUUACUCAAUACACUGGAGUUCCUUACAUGGUGUUGGAUUUGAUAAUUAGCAAAGUCGGUUCUCAGCAGCUCGGCGUAGUAUUUAAGCAAGAACUCGUGCCAGAGAUAGGGCAUAUUUGCGUGCUAGUCGAAACAAUAGUAAAUGGAAGUCCCGCCGCAAUAGCCGAGAUGAGGAAAGGCGAUAUUUUAGUAGCGGUAGAUGGGAAGAAGGUCUCCAGCAUGAACCAAGUAGCCAAACUGGUAAAAAACGCUGUACAAAGGCGAUUCAUUAUAAGGGUCGAGAGGAAGUAUUCCAAAGCAGACUUGGACAAGCAGAUCAGCAUGAAACUAGACAGCGAGAAACUGUCCUCAGAAAAGGGAACCGAUAGAAAAUCAUUGAAAGCGGAGUUUAUAAUGAAUAAAGGAGACACGCCGAGUACGGAGGACAGCGGUAAAAUCAAGUUCGAGAGUCAAAUCAAAUUUUCAGAUCUGAAAGACUCUGAGAACGAGAUCUCUGAGAAACUGGAGACAGGUAGCAAACUUUUUAGAAGAAGAAAAAGUAGCGCGCAUGCAGAUGAGCCUGCCCAGACACCUGAUUCCACACCUUCUAGAAAAAUCUCAACGACUUCAAAUCAAUCUUUAGUAUCGAAUAGCUCUCAAUUCUGUUUUGAUGAUAGUUACAUAACAAACGUAACAGACUUAUACUACACUACAAAGGAAAAAGAGUACGCCUCGUCGAUCACUUUCGAGGAGACUAGAAACUUUCAGAUUGAUUCGGAAUUACAGUAUUUAAACAUAGGUGUAUGGGGUCGCGUAAGGGGAGGAGAAUUUCCUGCGAAGUUGCUAGGAUACAUAAAUGUCCCUAUGAAAUUAAUUCUAGCGCAAUGUUAUACGUCCUCGACUGGUCAUUAUCUUAAAUGCCACGCGUUACUCCCACCCGACAGUGCUUCUCUAACGACAGUCGACACGAAACUGCAAGGGUACUCGGGAUUCGAUCCUACUCUUUGUUACGGUGACAUUUUAUUGUCGUACGUGUGGGAGUCCAGUCAUCCAAAUCGUCACGCGGUUAGUGAUUCGGGGAAGAAGGAAAGCGCUGAGACUGCCAAAACGCAACCGGCGUUGAACGAGGAGAUUAUCGAUAAGAAGAUGCACGACUUUAUCAGAACGCACUUUCACAGGGCAACGCACUGUGACUUUUGUACAAAAAAGAUUUGGCUGAAGGACGCAAUACAGUGCAGAGAUUGUGGUAUGGUGUGCCACAAGAAGUGCGAGGUACGCUGUCAGGCGUCAGGAACUUGUGGAGCAGAAAGUUUAGCGAUGGCAUUAGAAACUGACGAAAUAGAGCCUAAUACUCUAAUUGGGGAAUCAGGUCCAGAGAUAUCUCUAACCAGUUGCGAAGAUACUGUACAGGGUGCGACUAUGAUGGCCAUGAAGGCUAGUAUAGCUAACACUCUGUUGGGCCUGAAGAAGGCUGGAAGUACCAGUUGCUUGGCACCACCGGCUUCCGGUACUGGUCUGGCAUCUAGAAGUCUUCCCCCAAGUCCCUGUGCGUCCCGCAAGAAUUCAUUGGUCGGAGGCUUGGGCAUAAGUCCAGAACUGUUGGAGGGCGCCGAGCCCAGCGUGGCCGCGCCUUUGGUUGCCGGGGACCUGGACGAUGGUCUUAUGUCCAGGGCUAAAGACACCGGCAAGUUUUUGUAUAAACAUUUGGAGCCACGGGAACGCGUCGAGAAGAUUAACACCAUGAUGGGCAAGCUGAAAACCGCGCUCGACGCGGAAACUACCUCAAGAUUAGAGUUGUCGCAGACCGGGGACCUGGACAGUAUUAAAUUGAUCGCGCAGAGCGAUUUACGGGUGCAGACACUGAGCGUGCUGCUCCUGCACUACUGCGCCGGUAUGCAACACGCGCAGGAAGCACUAGACCGGUCCCAGGCCAGCAAGGACUCUUAACGGACCUAAGCUCAGCGAGCGGAAACCGGGAAACCGACAUUCCACUGCGCCCGGUCCAAAUCGGCGGUCGGUCUCGAUGAUAAUUAGAUUUCGCUGUGCACGGAAACGCUUAAAAAUAUUCCUUCGAAUGGUUCGAUUUGUCCAAACGUUCUUAUUCUGCGUUACGCAGCGAUACUCGCUUGCAGUAGUCUGUCGUUCUAUGUUACCUCGAUGGAAAUCGGAAGUCGCCGAUGACUCGCCUGCCGCGAUCUUUUCUAUUAGUUCGAACGAAGACGCUUCGAGCGACAGUUUCACCGUGACAGCGAGAGCAAGACUUGUAUUCGUUAAGUUUCACUCCCAAUCGGUUCCUACUUUCAUUGUCCGCUCCGACGACGGGUAACACGCAACGAGAGAAUACUGUGAUAGGCCUCGAAUUAAUAAUACUCGCGAAUCGUCCGACCGUGAUAUGAUCGUUCGAUAGCUUAAACCGGAGAACACCAAAUACUAAAGACUUAUUUACGUGUUUACGGGUGACGCGUGUAUUCCGCGGACGACGGAGGGUAAAACGCGCGCGGUUCGUCUUAGAUUAUCCCCUCGGCCCGGUGUAGGUGACUAACUUGCGGUACAUAGGAGUAAUUAUAGGGUAACGGAAUAGUGUCUUGAGUUGAACGCGCGAAGGUAACGGGCAAUUAGAUACUUAAUUAAGUAGCGUUCGGUAGCUUCGUCGAGCAAAGGGAUUUACUCUUUUUCAUAUCAAUAGCAACGUAAUGUCGAGUUUAAGUCGCGCGGACGAGCGCGAGCCUGUUUCCCCUCUCUUUCUCCGCUAGAUUUUUCCUCCAUAGGGAAUCGCGUUCACGGCGAUCCUGUAAACAAACCUGCAACGAAACCGCGUUCAGAAAUUCAACGAUUCGCCGGCGUUUGCGUACAUUACACAGAAUUUAUCAAAUGUAAAACACACACGCGUACACACACACGUACAGGUACACGGUACACGGUACACGCAAUACGAUAGAAUUCCAUCCAUAGGUAAACUCGAAGGUUGAGCAAGCCUCGAAUGUACAUAUACAUAUUUCCUGGCUUUGCAAGGUAUUGCGACUCAUUGUUGAAAAGGACAAAAACGUGUAAAGUCAAUAUAUAAAAGUGAAUAUAGAUUAUCGAAGCGUAACGUGUGUGACCCGUUUCUUGUCUCCACCGCCCGAACGGCCCGAAGGGAUUGUUAUUCCGAUUUGUCUCGUC